GAGUUGACUUCAGUUUGCUAUAGGGAUUUAGUUGAUUUACAGCCGUCGCCUGAUCAGUUUGUUGCGUUCGCGAAAAUGACACGACUUCGUAGAAAUAUUCAACUACUAUUUAUCCUGCAAGUAAUGCUAAAUGGUAUCGCCGCCAUCGAGGACAUCACUUUGAAAUGCGAUGAAUUCGAGCACAUGUUUGAGGCGUCCAUCACUGAACCUUACUGCACGGUUUCCGGUUUCGUUGUGUCACACAGUCAAAUCGUUAAAUUACAAAAAUAUCCCAAAGCGAAUAAUACGAAAUUUAUGAAAUUCUACGAUUCGCGUCUACUAUACAUACCCUUCAAAUUGUUCGAUGUCUUCGCCUAUCUGAAGACGCUGGACGUGUCUUUUACGGAAAUUUUGGAUGUGCCCCGGAAUACUUUCGGCGCUGCAGGCAAUUUGACUGUACUCAACAUGAGCAACAACAACAUUACGCAAAUAACCACAUCCGUUUUCAUGGGAGCUUGGAAUUUGAUGCGGCUCGAUCUGAGUCACAAUCGUAUCGAGGUGCUGAAUGAGAAUUCAUUCAAAGGCUUAAGUAGCUUGGAUAAGCUGCAGCUCUCAUUCAAUUCAAUACGCACGUUGCCGAAAAAUCUACUGUUGGAGAAUGAGUAUUUAUCGACAAUAGCGUUUAAUAAUAAUCACUUAGAGUAUAUUGAACCUGAAGUUUUCAGUAGUUUGCGGCGCAUUGCCGAUGUCAAUUUGUCCUACAAUCAUAUCUAUCGCUUACAUCCGGAUAGCUUUCAGUCGGCGUAUGGCUUAGAGAAUCUAUUGUUAACCCACAAUAAUCUGACGGAGUUCGAGAUGGGCGAUAAGAGCAUUCUAACUCAGCUCCAAGUGGAUUAUAAUAACUUAACGCGUAUUUUCGUUAACGGCACAAAGCAUCUGCGCGCCGAUCAUAAUCGCAUUAUCGAAGUGCAAAUGAUCAAUACACAGUUCUUGGAAACAUUGAUACUUGGUUCUAAUAAUUUGAGCGAUAUUAAAAAUAUCACUAAUAUCACUGGACUGCUGCAGCUGGACUUGACCAACAACCCUAUUGGACCCGUCAACAUCACGACGUUCGAUCGCUUGAGACGCCUGCGUCAGCUUACACUACGGGCUACCGGAUUGCGCCAACUCACAUUUGGCAUGUUUUCCAAGCAGGUGGCCUUGGAGAAUCUCGACUUAUCAUAUAACAACCUAACCGAACUCAACCUGGAUAUUUUUGUGCCUUAUCUAUCCAAUCUACGUUAUCUGUAUGUUGAUGGCAAUAAUUUGACCGAAGUACAUGGUAAAGGCGGCUUCUCCUAUGUCUUCCCGAAUCUCUCCAAACUCGGUUUGUCGCGCAAUCAGUUCAACUGCACGUAUUUGCAUACUCUGCUCGUUCCUCCACAACUCUCCACUUCGGUGAUGCUGCACAUCGAGCCAGAGGAGAAUGCGGCCGAGCGCUCGCACAUACGCGAUGUGUCUUGCAUCAGCAGUUCGAAGGCGGUGGAUAAGGCUGCGCUACUAGAGGUCGAGCAUGAGCUGAACGACAUGAAUACAUUACAAAAAGUGUUGCAACAAUCGAUGAACACAUUGCGUCUGCACGAGAAACGUCUGGAGUUGUAUUUGUUGCUGAUGAAGAUCGCUUUGCUGGCGAUGAUCGUGCUUUUGGUCGGCGUAGUGGUCGUUUAUGCGUGGAAAAUUAAAAGACGCGAUUAUUUCACGAGACGGGGAGCGAGUAUUGUUUUCCACUCCAGUGCAACGGUUAAUUCAAAUAUAGAGCAUUGAGAUGUAUAAGUGAUGUGGCUGAGGAACAAUGUCAAAGCCAUUAAGCGAAACUUCAAGUAGUUAAGCCAAAAAUACUCUCCAUAAAUAAUGCGAAUAAAACUAUGUAAGAUGUACACGUAUAAAAUAAGGAAACUAUAUUAAGGAAACAUGUGCUGAAAAUACGAGCUGCGGUUAAAAAGUGAAUAAAUAAAACAUAAUGAAUAAAAUAUACAAAAAAAACAUUUAAAA